AUGAUUAAAACCACCACAGAAAAGCGCGCGGACGGGCGCAUUUUUGCCGGAAGCGAUCCGGUAUAUACCGCAACAGGUACCAGCGGUAUCAGUGUUGCCACGCCUUCACUGACGCCACUGAUGCUGGAUGACGCCAGCGGAAAACUGGUGGCAUGGGAUGGUCAGAAAGCCGGAACGGCUGUGGGGGUGCUGGUACUGGCGCUGGCCGGGACCGAGCCCACACUGACGUACUACAAAAGCGGUACGUUUGCCACCGAAUCGCUGGUCUGGCCGGAUUCGGUGGAUGCGGUGAAAAAAGCCAACGCGUUUGUGGGAAGUGCCAUCAGCCACGCCUGA